ACUUUUCACUGUCCUACUUAUAUUGAGUCUGAUUAACAAGAGCAAACACUUCCUCAAAGCUCUCUCAUUAAGCAUCCACUCUGCUAAACCAAAACCUCUCUAGCUAAACACUCUUGCUCCUUCCACUUUAAACCCUUGACAGAUGGCUGCACCAGCUGACAACCUCCAGGAACCUUUAAAAUACAAGACUUGGAUCUUGAGAGUUCAAAUUCACUGUGAAGGUUGCAAGAAGAAAGUGAAGAAAAUUCUCCAGAAGAUCGAUGGUGUUUACAUGACAACAAUUGAUUCUCAACAACACAAGGUUACUGUGACUGGCAAUAUAGAAGCUCAGACUCUUAUCCAGAAGCUAUCUAAAUGUGGUAAACCUGCAGAAUUAUGGGAACAAAAUUCUGUUAAAAAAGAGAAAAUGCUGGAACCACCAAGUAACAAGAAAGAUAAGACCAAGCCUGUUGAUGAGAAAGACAUUGCAAAAAAACAGAAAGAAAAUGAAAGAGCUACUGAAAAAGGUGGUGAGAAAAAAGAAAAAAAGUCCGAUGAUAAUAAAAACACUGCAGGAAGUGUUGAUGGAGAUAAGCCAUUAGUAUUGGAAAAUGCAGGUGGAACUGCCCAAGUUCAUGGAAAGAGCAGUGGCUACAGUAGUGAUAAAAAGAAGAAAAAGAAAAGCAAAGGACACAAUAAUUCUGAAAACGAUGGGAAACCAAUUGCUCCAACACCAGCAUCAACUACAUCUACACCAGCGCAAGCACCAGCACCAGCACCAGCACCAGCACCAGCACCAGCACCAGCACCAGGAGUGGCACAAGUACCUAUCGGGACACAAGCACUUGCACCAACUUCUGUCGCUUCACCUCCGCCAGCACAAGUACCUACAGAAACAAUAGCACCAGCAACAGCACCAGUAGAAGCACAUGCGAUGGUUGCAGAUUCACCCCCACCCGCACCCGCACCCGUACCAGCCCCAGCACCCGCACCCGUACCAGCCCCAGCACCCGUACCCGCACCAGUACCAGUACCAGUACCAGCGGAGGAGUAUUCAGAAGGGUCUGUGCACCAUGAUGGUAGACCCAUCGAAUUACCUAAUCAUGGUUUUUCAAAUAAUUAUGGAUCUCCUAAACACGACUACCCGCACAGGCCAUAUCCCGGGUCUACUGACAAUUUUGGGCCACUAAAUCAGCAGGAUUACAUGUACCCUGUGACUCAUCAUCCACAUCCCCAACUUGGUAUCAGUUACAGUUUGGCGCAAUCGAGCAGUAGCAACUCAUACUAUGUCCCACCAUACUACGCUUAUGCAUAUCCACAGCCUCCCAUGACGCACAUUCCGCCUCCUCCACCAUCGAAUCCGAUUAAUGAGGUCCAUGAUGAUGAUCUUUAUAACGAUGCAAGUCAGUGCCGUCUAAUGUAAGAUUAUCCAUGAAGUUUUACAGACGCAUAAUAGAAAAAAAAAAAAAGAUAUAGUUUGAAAAUAUUCUAUAUUAUGUUCAUGAUUAUUUUAUAGUUAGUAGGUUUGCUUAGUAGUUAGGUAUUAUCCUAGGCUAUUCUGUAAGUCUAUGUGACACUAUGUAUAUUUCCUUAGAUGAGAAGACUAAAGAUGUCACUUUCUUUUUCGAUCUGACGUGUAUUCUCGUUAAUUAUGAUAUGUAUAGUCAUCCUUUUGAACUUUUUUUUU